GUUUUUAUAAUUUAUUAAAAUAGAGUCAAGAGUUUUUUUAUCAAAAUAUGGACAGCAACCGAGGGAAAUAUAAAGCAGGAAUUGAUGUGAAGCAGCUAGUGAGGUUACCCCUGCUUCCUGGAGCCAUUCGGGAUGGAGUCAUCAAUAGCUUGGAUAACACCACUAUCUUGAGGAACCAACUUAGAGGUCUUCUUGCUCUCGAUACCUACAAAAGACACAAACAAGAGAAUGAAGAAGAACAUUUACAAACAGUCAACAAAUUGAGGCAAGCAGAAUGGACGCUGAUUGAAAGCCACGUCAUGAUCCUCCUGAACAAGGACAAGCUGUUGCAAGCUCUUCCGAAGCCACCAAUUAAAGAAAUGGACGUACCUGCAGCACUGGCCCGCGAGUACAAUCUUCUCACCUUCAGCCCUUUUAUUGAUUUUCUACGAAACGAAAGAGAAGGAGGACCUUUCGAAAAGUGCGUGGAUAAGCCCUGUGAACACUUCUACUCGUUAAGAGAAGGCACGUUCAAGAAGAGUCCGAAGAUGGCCGCUAGCCCGGAAGCGAAGAGAACUACAAAAUAUGGAGCACUUAAAGCAUCCAAACCAAUUGCAAUGCAAGUAUUACCUGAAGAAGUUGUUUUUGAAAACUUCGAAGUUGGCAACACUUACAUGGUCAAAGUAGUACUAAAAAACUCCGGAGCUAACAGCGCACUUCUGAGAUUUGUAAGACCUCAAGACCCGGCCUUCGAGAUCUGCAUGUCGAAGAAGUACACGAUGCUGGCACCAGGGCUCAGCGUUCAGUUGACCGUAGCUUUCCACUGCUCAGACAAGGAUAAUCGGUUCGACAACUUCAUAGUUCAGCCUGGAGGUGGGAGCUGUAUAACCGUACCCAUCAAGGCUACGCAGACUCCGCCCUUACUACGCAGUAUAGUUCAUUACAAUUCUCCAACGUACGAAGAUUCUUCGCCCAAAUCGACAAUAUACUGCGGCCGCUGUUACGUCGGCACAGUAAACAUAGUUCACGUUCCCAUAUACAACACAGGAUCCCCCGGAAGGUUCUUCAUCAUGUCCGAGAGCUCUUGGUAUUUUAAUACCAUCAAGGAUACCACGUUGGAAAACGUUCUUAUCCAGAAACCGUUCUACAUCCAGCCGAUGUAUUUCUCCCUCAACCACAAGCGGAAGCGGAAGUUGAGAGUGGUGUUCUCACCCCAAUGGGAAGGGAGCCAUUUAACGCAGCUCUUCAUUCUUUGCGACAACAUCACGAUGAGGAGUUUGGAUGUGAUAGGGGAGUCUGUCAUGUUUGAUCCGGACCUAUUCGUCAUAGAGGGUUUGGAAAAAGAUUACAAUAUCUUAAUUGAGGGAGAUAAUUCAGCUACUUAUUUCCUGUACUUAGGAAGGGUCUUGUCCUACAGUGGUACCCAGAAGACGUUCGAUAUUGCCAAUAAAAGCGUUGUAGAGACGAAAUUUGGCUGGACGGUGAGCAGGGCAGAUAUACCAGGCGUCAACUAUAUGCAGCCAAGCAACUGCACCAUUACACCAGCCACCGGCUCUCUGUGCCCCCAAGUCAAGAUGAUGUUUACAGUCACCUUCUACUCUCAUAAUCUCCCUGUUGGCAAGUAUGCAGCCGUAUUCUCGAUCUACUUGGAGUGCAUUCCCAAAUUAGCUAUGUUGAAAAGACUCCGCGAUUUGGAGAAAGAGGACAUCUCAGAGCUGAUGGUAAAAAUAUGCCUGGGGAAAAUCGAAGUCUGGGUCGAAAUCGAACCACCCAACGUCUGCAUCUGGCCGAAUUAUCUUUAUUUUCGCAACAUACCCACUGUGUGGAACUUCACGAAGAUAUACAUCACGAAUUAUGAGAACAUAUCUAUCACCAUCGCCUGGCAAAUACCCUACCUCAAGAACUUGCUCUUAUCGCCGCCAGUGGUCGACUUGGCACCAUAUUCAUCGACCUACAUGUAUGUCAUGCUGCAGACUGAGUUAGUCGGAACAUUCAUGGCAACUCUGAGCGCUUUUUUCAUCCAGAGUUUGUGCAAGUACGAUGUGAGGGUGGAAUGUGAGACCGCUGUCACACUCACUUCAGGCAUGAGCGAGAUCAAAGAUUUUGGAAUCUUGAGGAAAGCUGAGCCGAAAACUGGAACAGUCCACGCCACUUUCCAGACUAACCUCGAGGUUGAUUUGGACUUGAGGCAUUUCUCGAUGCGCUACAACAAACAAACUGGGAAACCAUACUUUACUUGGUUGAGGACCUCGAAAUGGGUGCUCCAAUGUCCGAAUUCACUCAUACCGAAUAAACCAUCGGAAGUGAUCAUCAAGGCCAGGACUAAAAAGGAACAGAUAACCAUAGACCUCUUUGAAUGGAGGUUCUGCAACAUCCAAGCCUACACGACCAUCCUCAGUGAUGUUCAAGAACAGGAUAUAACCUUGAACCCAAUCAUUCUGGAUAUCCAUGAACCGCUCUUCGUCGGGGGCCAGGUGUCCUUCCCGAUCAAAAUCGUCAACCACAGGCAGCUGUUGGCCUCCUUCACCUGGGGCUGCUUCUUCGGCGAAGACCUCAGCAACUUCAAGAUCUCUGUCCGGCCGAAGCAAGGUCCUCUCCCACCGGUCUCUGAGACAGAGAUCACCGUCACCAUUUUACCAUAUGCAGAGUGUAUACUUCAAAACCUCUACUACACUGUAUCAAUUAAAUAUAUAGAAAAACCUAUGAUCGGCAUGAUUCGUGGCUUCGUUCGGGAAUCCUUAGUCGCCUUUUCUUGGAUCAGCGAUGGAAAAGAAAUCAUUUGCAAGUGGCCUCAAGAAGAGGAUGACCCAAAACAUCGCCAAUAUCCUUCGGCAGAAACUUCUAUUUCGGAAGAUUCUUCUGACAAAGAUUGCGAGGUUUGUUUCACCGAAGGUUUCACGUCCAGCUCCUCUUUUAAGUCAAUCUCACCGGAUGAAAUCAAAGAAGCAGAAAUCAUGGCAUUCAAGGAUCCAUCGGACAACCUCCUUGUACCCUAUGAUAACUGGCCUUACAUUGGGGGAAAAUAUUUUGGAGCCGAUUUCACCGACGAAGCAUUGAGAAAAGAAUUCGAAACACCGUGGACGGAAGAGUCAGUGAAGGAUAAUUUGAAAUCCAUGAAAUCAAAAAUACUAGACUCGUUCCUCGAAAAUUUCGCUGAAAAAUCCAUGAACUUUACAGUUGAAACGUUUAAAGUCCACACACAAAUUCUUUACAUAAGCAACUUAUCCCCAUCCCCAAUCCAGUACAGAGUGAAGACUAAUUUCUUCCAUGCAGAGAAAAAACUGCCUCAUAUGGAUCCAUUCCUUCUUGGCGAGAUGGUCUUUCACGAUGAAGGGCUGGGCUACGAUGACGCUCCGUCAUUGGAAAAGUACAAGUGGUGCCACAGAGUGCGAAGCCGCCUCGGACUUGCGAUCAGAGUGAAGCAGAAGAAGGGAACGAUCCUGGCUGAUGAAGUCCAAGAAGUGACUGUCUCGGUCUUUGCGAUGGCCUGGGGGACCUACUUCGACAACGUCUCCGUCAUGGUGGACAGCCAUCCUCCCUUCCACGUCCCGAUCAUGGUCAAGUGUGAGCACCCCCCUGCCUUCUUCACAUUCGCUCCGGACACCAUUUCGCCUUUAUUAAGGUUCCCAUCUAUACGCCCUAACAGAAUCAAAUGGAAACAAGUAUACCUGGAGAAUACCUGCCCCUUCGUACUGAAGAUUGUCUGGACAGUAUACCUGGACCAGACGCCGAAUAAGAAUCGAUGCCUGUUGAAUAAGAAUCAAUGCUUACCUUUAGAGAGAGACCCAGACUUUGGUCUGGCAUUGGAACUCCAUCCUAAGAAGGACUCGGAUUUCUGCAAAUUGAAACUUAUACCAUACGCAGGUGUUCAAGAGAACCUCACAUAUACAAUCGAACCAACGGUCCUCUACAUCCCGCCCAGAUCGAAAGCGCCGCUGCUCAUUACCGUCAACAGCCAAAGGAUUUCCCCGGAAUUCCUCAAGUGCAACGAAACCUUAUCGGCGACGGCUUUUGGUCUGGUCUACAUCGAAGACGACAGCUGGAAUAAUGAGGAAUGUUUCUGCUGCUACAGACCGGAUGGUUAUGGAACGAAUCGGAUUUCACUCAAAUUGCUAACAGUGGUUGAGGAUAUGAAUUUCAAAGUCAUAAACAAUUCGCUACGGGAUGCAAUCUUCAAAGUGAACACUUCUGAAAUCUUUAACACUGACAAAGAACACAUCUCACGUAGGAUUUUUCACAUCCAGAACAACUGUAAUUCUGCCUCCCACAUUUCCGUUCGUAUCCAGGAGCCCUUCCAAAUCACUUCCAUCGAAACCCGGGACGGAGUAUUGACUGAUCUCACUCAAGAGUUCUUGGUGGAAUGUUCACAGACCGUGCAGGUGGAAGUCCUGUUGCAACUAAACAGGAACAUUCUAACAAAAUCAACAGUAAUGAAACCUAGUUAUAUCAGCCAAAAAGGACCUAUUAUUUCUCAACUGAGUUUUGGACGGAAAGGAGAAAUGGAAAAAGUUAUCAAACUUGAACUUCAGUUACUUAAGCCAGUGUUUCGAUUUCCGGCCGAUAAGAUAAACUUCGGGCCAACAUGUGUUAUGGAAAAAACUGUAAAAUAUAUAGAUAUUCACGUAGAAAAUGGUAACCAACCAUUCAAAGUUCGAAUUGGCAAAAACGACGAACAUGCUUUUCGAGUGAAACCGCUUUUGGGUCUAAUAAGAGAGGGAAGAUCGAUACGCAUCUUGAUCGAAUUCGCUCCCAGGGAGUGUAGAAGAUAUGUAAACAUCAUCGAGUUCAUCUCCUCGACUCCAGGAUCCGUCUACCCACUCAUUGUCGAAGGCACCGGUUCAUUGGACCACAAGUUCUACACAUGAAAUGUUCAAUUAGAAAUAUACAUUUGGCAGGGAAUCGAUACUCUUAUUUGCCAUUAACAUUUUUCUUUCUUUUAAUCCAUUUUCAAGAUAGUAAGGUACAGAUAUUAGUAGAAUUCAGAAAAAAAAAAAACUAACUAUUUUUAAAAAUCAUACUAAUAUAAACACAACAAAAAUAUAGAAAGCCAUAUCAAACAUUUUAUCAUGCAAUCUUAAUGGCUCUACAUAUUUAUCCAAAAUUAUUAAAAGCUAAUUAGUAAUCAUUAGGUUUGAGCCUACUAUUUAUUUCAAAAUUUUAGUUAUAAUAAAACUAUUUUUCAUCUCUAUCAUAUUCCACCAUUGUCUUCAUUGUUAUAUCAUAAUUACAGAUAGUUUCUGCCAGGCCACUUCCAAUAGGAGUCCAUAUAUGUUCCCAUUAUUAUUAAAGUAAUAAUAACAAAAUUCAGUUCGCGAUUGAACUGCCCAGCUACUUCCAAGAAGAAACCUAAUUCAGCAUUGAUUUCUUAUAAUAAUCGGUGAAGUAUGCAUUGAUAAAACUAACAGACUUACCGCACAGGAAGAGAGAAGGAGGGGUUACCAUACAGCUUACCAAUUUUAUUUCGCCGGAAUGGGAAGAUAAAGAUUUAUUUUAUGAGUCCUUUCAUUACUAGACUGAAGGUCGCUGUGAUGAAAGCAUAGGAGUGCAGUCUGAAAGUGUUAGAUAGUUGUAAUUCUUAACACUCUCUGUUCACACUAUUUAUUUACUUAACUAUUCAUCUUCCUAUAAUAAGAAUCAUAAUUUGAUAACUACAGAAAUAAUCAUAACAAACAGAUGUGAUGUAUAGUAGAACCCGAGUAUAACUGAUAACUUACAAAAAAAAAGGAAAAAUUGAAUGAGAUGUUUCACAAAAUUACUAAUUUCAACAAUUCAUUUAAGCUAUUAUCAGAAAUAACUAACUAAAAGGUCACUAUCAUACAAAAAAGAAAAUUGGUUUUAAGCAUGGCGCCCACUUGUCCGCUCAACCUCAUUCAUAUUCGUAAUUACCUUAGUAUCUCGACCUGACUUAAAAAUAUAAAUAUGAUGGAAUAGGUAGCAAUUCUGCUUGAAAAGUGCAGUGCAGCCUAGAGCGCAGAAUUUGCUAUCUAUUCAUUCAUAGUUACUUUUUAAGUCGGGGCGAGGAAGGGCGACAAAUAGAUGCCACAUUUUACAACAGAAAAUUUUGAAAAUUUCAGGAAUUACAGGGAUUACCAGAGCCACUAACCCUAAAUAUAGUACUUAAAAAUAAUUAUUUAACUAAAGUUUUUUCAAUAUUCUUAACAGGAUUUAGAAUUAUAUUUUGAUUCAUGAAAACACUGAACAAUAAAAUACUGAAUUACUGUUUUCUAUAAAUUUUGAAUAUUCAAUGUUUUUUGUGAUUAAAUUUCUUUUAGUGACUUGCUAUUAUCACAGCUUAUUUCCUAAUUGAUUAGAGUCAUUAUCGAAAGAAUUUUAUGAAUAAACAAAUCCAUGAUAUAAAUAUUGUUAAACUAUUUUGCUAAAAGUCGCAAAUUCCAAGAACCCGGUAUUUCUUUAAUUGAAUCCUACACUCUUAAGCUAGCAAUGAGAUCAUACUAUAUCAGUAGCUAACAUGAUCUUCUAAUUUAAAUUUCAAAACUAAUAAAUAAACUUAAUACUAACCCUAAAUUGAAUAGUUAAUAAAAUAAAUAAAACACUGAUUUAAAGAUACGCAACCUUACAAUUUAUAAUCAACUAAUAAAUCAAUAUUAUUAAUGAACAGUUUUACAAUUGACCAACAUGUUACAUAAGCUAUUAACAACUAAAUAAAUAUUUAUUAUCAAGGGAUGAGGAAAAGACAAUAAUAAACAUAGAACUAUAUUUAUUACUACGCUAACAGCCUUGAAACAUGUGCUGGGUCUCCACCCAUUUAGCACCUCAGUUUCUUCUCUUUGUUGUUGCAAUUGCAAAAUUUAACGCUGUUUGUCAAAUAUAUACAUAUAUUACAACAAAGGUUUCAAUUUUUCUAUACAAAAAUAAUAAGUAACAAGAGAAAUAAAUUAAAAAAAAGAAAAGGAAAAAAAAAGAUGAAAAAUGAAUACAGGUAACAACGUUUAGUUUGAAGAUUAAACAAAGAGGCAGUAGGCACGACUGCUCAUCGCAGGACUCAGCAAUGCCCUACUAUUGAGGUAGCAGCCUCUAAACCAACUAGCUAGUCACCCUUCAUGUCAUGUUGCCACCACACGAUGAGCUAAAGCAAAACAAUUUUAUUUUACAUCAAACUCAUUAUCUAAUUUCUCUAUUGUCUAUACAAAAUAAAUAAAUAAUCCCCAAAUUAUCAUAAACUUACAAGCUAUUGAAAAUACUACUCUAAUCGAAAAUCGAUACAGCAUUAUUAAUUACAAAAGCUGAUUAAUAAAAGCUAAUUAUCAAAGUACUUUGAGUACUUACACUGGCGAGGUAUCCUGAGAGGUU